AUGAGCAGAGUGCUAUGGUGGAUGGCGAACCACGGAUCAGCCAAGUAUCUAGGAAUAACUCUAGACACGAAGUUGAACUACGGGGAGCACCUAGAUCGCGUCUGUAAAAAAGCCACGACUAGAAUAGCGCAACUUAGCGGACUCAUGGCUAACGUCCGUGGGCCUAGGCCAACAGUUAGGCGGCUACUCAUGGCGACCACUAAGUCUAUCCUGUUAUAUGGAACAGAGGUGUGGGCCGACGCUAUGACUAUGAAUAAGUAUCGGAAAAAGAUUAUGGCGACUAGGUGGACCGAUUGUCCAAAGGCUAGAUGGACUAGGACCCUUAUAAAAGAUGUGGGCCCGUGGGUGUACAGGAAAUGGUGGGAGGUCAGCUUUUACCUUACCCAGUUUUUCUUCGGUCACAGGGUCCCUCACUGGACUGAAAAGCGUAGAGCACUGGAGCUGACGAUAGGAGCGUUCACGCCCGAGACUGUAGUCGAAACGAUGCUUGACAGCAAGCAGAACUGGGGCGUGAUAACGGCUUUUUUACUCGGCAAGAACUACGUUCAUCUCUACUGUCUUUACCUGCAGUCAGCAGUAGCCCGGCAACAAAGGUUCUCAACCAAUUCUUACUGGUCCCUUGAAAACAUCUGGAGUUAG